AUGUGGGAUCAGAGACUGGUCAGACUGGCCCUGCUGCAGCAGCUUCCUGUCUAUGGCAUUAAGGUCAAGGGUGGCUGCGGUCAGUGUGAUCGCAGAAGACAGGAAACUGCAGCUUCGGAAAUAAGGGGUAAGAUAUUUGGACUUCUCUUUAAUUCCUUGCCUCAUUCAGUUGUUCCAGAAUAUGGACGCAUUCCAAGCUUUCUUGUUGAUGCAUGCACAUCUUUAAAAGGACAUAUUCGUACGGAAGGGCUUGUUAGGAAGUCGGGAUCUGUAAUUUGUCUGAAGGCACUCAACAGUAAACUGGGUCAUGGUGAAGCCUGCCUGUCUUCUGCACUUCCCUGUGAUGUUGCAGGCCUCCUUAAGCAGUUCUUCAGGGAAUUGCCAGAGCCUGUCCUCCCAGCUGAUCUGCAUGAAGCACUUCAAGCUCAGCAGUUAGGAGCAGAGAAGAGGAAUAAAGCUACAUUGUUGCUGUCAUGUCUUAUGGCAGAUCCUACAGUUGAUAUAUUAAGUUACUUCUUCAAUUUUUUAAGAAAUUACUCUUGA